AUGUACAUCAACCCCAUCCUACCGGGAUUCAAUCCCGACCCCUCUAUUAUCCGCGUCGGGAAUGACUUCUUCCUCGUCACCUCCUCGUUCGAAUACUUCCCCGGUGCCCCCAUCUACCACAGCACAGACCUUAUCCAGUGGAAUCUGAUCGGCCAUGCCCUCACCCGUCCCAGCCAACUCCAGAUUCAAACCCCCGAGCCUGGUGGUGGCGUGUGGGCCACCACUCUGCGGUAUCACGAUGGCGUAUUCUACAUCCUCGCCGCAAGCUUCCAGCGUUACCGGCCACAGGAAGAUGACCGCGUCUGGCCGCGUGGUUUCUAUGUGAAGACCAGAAAUAUAUGGGACUCGAGUUCGUGGUCGGACCCGGUGUAUUUUGACCAAGUUGGCUUUGAUCAAGAUCUAUUUUGGGACGACGAUGGCACCGUCUAUCUCUCAAGCACGUAUCGCAAGCUUCACCGAACUCCCGGUGUGAACCUCAAGGAUUUCGCCGUUCACAUUGUCACUGUCGACCUGGAGACAGGUGCCUCCACUUCGGAGCCCAAGUUAAUCAGAGAGUCCACCUCCGGUGUCGCGGAGGGGUCGCAUAUUUUCAAACGCGGCAAAUACUACUAUCUUUUCACCGCGGAGGGCGGCACGGAGAGCGGUCAUUGCGAGUGGGUCAGUCGCAGUACUACUGGCCCGUUCGGGCCAUGGGAGAUUGGGCCCAAUAAUCCUCUCUGGAGGAAUGGAGUGGAUGAUGAAGUUCAGAACACUGGGCAUGCAGACCUGGUGGAAGAUGCGCAGGGGCAGUGGUGGGCUGUUUUGUUAGGUGUGCGUCCUGUCCGGAAGGAUGGUCAGUGGGAGGAAUCGGUUUUUGGUCGCGAAACAUUUCUAGCUCCUGUGAACUGGGAGAACGACUGGCCCAUUGUCAACGGUGGCCAAAAGAUCCCCCUCCACUCUGAGAGCCCCCACCUCUAUGAGCUCUCAGUUCCAGUCACCUGGCGAGAUGACUUUUCGGACAGUGAGCUCCAGCUAGGAUGGUACCGCAAGAAUACUCCAGUUGUGCGUGACUACUCUCUCACCGAGCGACCAGGCCACCUUCGCCUCUACGGUGGUCCAUAUAAUCUGUCCGUCCCGGCGUGUCCAACUCUAUUUCUUCGUAAACAGACCCAUCGGUUCUGUACAUGGGAGACACUGCUGUCUUUCCAUCCGAGGAACCAGGCAUGCGAGGCUGGUGCAGUCGUCUGGUGGACGUACUUCACCUACAGCAGCAUCGGGAUUUGUCGAGCGAACGAUGGGCAGCGUGUUGUUCGGCUACGUUCUCCGGGAGGUGAGAUAGUCGACUUCGGCCUACAGAAUUCGCAGUCGGAUGUCCGUUUGGUGAUCGAGUGUGGGGAUCGCUACCGGUUCGGAUUUCAGGAGAUCAGAGAGGAUGAGUCGAAUGAAGAGCCGAUACGGUGGAUCGGCGAGGCGGAGAAUCGCAGUAUGACAGCAGCACCGCCGGUAGGAGUGGCUUUUACGGGGAUGAUGGUGGGAUUGUACGCGUUUGGAGAGCGGCAACGGUGUCUAGAUCCAGCUGACUUUCAUUACGCGUUAUGGAGAUAG